AGGGCCCUGCCGCCCAGACCUGGAGUCCCAAGCCAACUCCCAACCAAUGUGCCCCCGAAGGUCAUUUCUGACCAGGUGACAAGUCAUGCCUGGGAUACAUGCCUGGUUUGAGCCAAAAGACCCAAAACCAAGCCAGAGGAGCAAUAACUGUCCUCUAAAGUGGCCAUGAGUGGUCCGCAACUACUGACCACCGAGUGUCCACUGUGCCGGGCCCCACAGGCAGCUGUGGUCACCUCUGAGGGGACAAGGCUGAGAGUUUGCUGGGCAAACCUGAGCAAAGCUUGACCCCAAGGGAUGGGGGUGCAGAUACGUCGCCUUGCCUCCCAAGCGAGGUCAGGAAGAGAGGUGCCAACAGGCACCGGGAACCAGAGGGCUCUGGGUUGCCACCAGGGGGCAGCGGGGGACUGUGGUCCAGCCAGGCCAGGCAGGGGCAGGGUUGGAGCAGCUCUGUCUGGUGGUUAGUAAAAUACAUACAUAUAUCAUUUUUAACUGGUGGUAAUAUUCUUUUACUGAGUUUUCAUGCUGGAAUUUUCACCCUUUUCUUAGAAUGUCUCAAUGGUGUAAUUUUCCUCACAUAUAAAUGACCCAAGAGCAAAGUCAACUCUUCAUUCCAAAUCAAACUUUUCUUAUAGCGGCAACCUUUUCACAUGUGGUGAAAGAGUGUCAGUGUUUCCUUGCAUUUGUUAAUUGAGAUGAAUACACCCUACAAAUCUAUCUGCUAAACAGGUCAACACGAUGCGAUACUCCCAGCUAGUCACUGAAUCCAGGUUUUCACAAUUGAAUACAGACCAUCCCCAUAACCACUACGUGGUAAAAGGCUUUGUAUAUUUCGCUGGUUUGUCUUCUUGGGGGCCAGUGUUGCCCAGCUGCAAGCAGGCUGGGGAGGGCGGCCCCUGCUCAUCUUUUCUCCAGGCCAAGCCCCUCAGCAACUUUCAACAGGUCCUGAGCCCUGGCUCAUCUGUCUCCCAGGACAAGCUCCAUUUCUGCCAAGACCCUCCAAGCACACAGGGAACAAGGUCGUAGUCCGCUCCCUCACUUAGGACACUCUGCUUUUGGGGCCACAUCCCAAGACUUCACCAGCACAUAGCUAAUGUCAAAGCCUCUGAGCCCAGGGAGGGGGACUGUGUUAUCGGAGCACAGGUGGCUGCACUUGGCCAUGGGACCCAGGUCUGUGACUUGACUGCCCUGUUAAACUCCAUCAGGUGAGAGCCCUCAGAUUUGUUUGGAUUUGCCUCCCAGGCCAUGCAUGGGCCAGGAGCUCCCAGCGAUGCAAGAGGGGCUGGGACCAGACUGCCACCCUGUCCUUCAGCAGCUCCAGACCCAGGCAGGCAGGAUACCAGGACCAGGCACGUAAGACCCUCAGGAUGGCUGCCUCCCAGGACCACAGCUCGGGCCCUGUCCCUGGCCCAGACCAAGAACCACGGGAGCCCAAGCCUUGGCCAGGUCCUGGGCUGGCCUGGCUGCCCCUUCAGUGUCAAGCGUUCCCUUCAGAGCCAAGAUCCUGGGCUGAGAUGGCUGGGGGCCCAGGGCUCCUCCCAGGAUCCCGUCCCGCUUCCCAGGCCCCAGGGCAGGGCCGGGUAGCUCCCUGCAACCAUCGCUGCCCCGGGUGGCCUGGCCAGGCAGGAUCUCCUGGACAAGAGAACGGGCAGCAUGCUGCCCUGCUGUGGCCUGAGUACCCGGCUGGGAAGGGCAGGAUGCCAAGGCCUCCAGGUGCCAGCUUGGAUUCCAGCCCCAUCCCAGGGGGCCAGCGGGGAAGCAAGGCGCUGGGCAUCUCCCUCCCUCCAGGUGCACCUGCCUCUCCCCUUCCCCUGCCCCUCCAAACCUCUGCUCAGUGGCGUUGGGUGCCCCUGCCCUCCCCAAUCUGCCCGGCCCUCUGCUUGCACCCAGUCAGCAGAGGAGGAACAAGUGCUGGACUGGACUCCAGCUCCCUGUCCAAACGCGGCAGCACCCCCGUCCUGAUCCUUAGGGACGCCUCCCUCCUCUGCCCAAGGAAGGGCCGGGUCUCAGCAGGGGCAGCAGGGGGUAGACUUUCCAGGACAAGGGAGGAGACACCUUUCAAACCCCGUUCUAGAAGCAGCCCCGGCGCAGUCGUGGGAAGAAGCUGCCCAGCUGCCCCAGACAACUCCGUGCCCAGGCUCCGUGGCCCCCCUCUCAUCCUGCAGCGCACCCCCACCGCGGCUGCCCAACUUCCCCGCCGAAGUUUGCUCCCGCCCCGGGCCGGGCCGCGGCUCGGCCCGGCCACGGGACGGAGGGAGGGCAAGAGGGAGGAGAAAGACACAGACGGAGGGACGGGGGCCGGAGAGCCGGCGAGGGAGGGCGCGCGAGCCAGCGAGCGAAAGAGCGAGCGCAGGGGCCCCAGCGAGGGCUCACAAUGGCCCGGGGCGAGGCGCGGGCGCAGGAGGGGGGGGCGACCCACGAGCCCCGCAGCCCCCGCAGUCCCCGCGCGACAGGCCGACCCCCCCGCCCGGUCCCUGUCCCCACGGCACGACGCCCGGUGGCUUCCUACCUCGGCGGCGGGGGCGCCCAGUUCCAGGAACGCGCGGGCAGCGCCCGCCGGGCAGAGGCCCCAGCUCCGGAUUCGGGGCGGCGCACGCCGGGGUUCGAGGCCGAGUACAGCGCCUACUUCCCGUACUACGCCAGGCUGGUUCCCGCCUUGCCCUCGGCCUCAGUUUCCUUCACGGUGGAAUAGGGACCAGGUCCGGACCGGAGCAAUCCGGGCUUCCGCACGGCCCCCGUCUUGGUCCCAGCUGUUGGAGCAACCUGCAUCCCUAGCCUGAGUGCCGCGGGGUCCUUGAUUGCGACUGGCCCCUCAGCGCCCAGCGCAGUGCGCCUUAAAGAAUGGACAGACGCGAGUGAGAAAGCCCCGCACCUGCACCCCCUAAGUUGCUUUUACCUCCUGAUGUUGAACCCCGACUCGCGUUUUGUUUGGGCCAGUCUUCUUGCUGCUCUGCUGUCUGGUGGCAAACCUUGGUUCAAAAGGAGCCCUGCUGCUGUUGGCCAACCUUGCCGCUACACACUUGGCCUUGAGGAAUCUAACAGACAGAAAGUAUCCUCUAUAGGUGAGGCAUCUGCCUCCGGGCGUAAUUCCGCCUUCCUGCGAGUCUUUGGUGGCGCGAUCUCCUCCCGAGCAUUCCCAGCGCCUCGCGCAGUGCUUGGCAUAUAGUAGCUGCUCAUGAACUGUUACGUGGACACACAGUAGAUGCUCAUUAUAUUGGGGGCAAAUGGGUACACAGUAGGUGCUCAUGAACUGUUCGGUGAUACAAGAAAGGCCGGUAGGCCCGGAAGGCGGCGAUUUGUAGUUGACCCCAUCCCCACUUCACCCGGUUUCCCUCGUGUAGAUAAUGUGGAGUGAGGCCGGGUUAAACAUUAGCCAUAAGAUGGGCCCGGGGGAAGGCCAGCUUCGUGACCUAGCGCCUUCCAGGAGGGGGCUGUUAAGAGCGGACGCUCCGGGUCCACUGACCAGCGGGUGCGUGGGGUGGGGCGGAGGCUGAGGGACGCCGAGCGCCCCCUCCCGGCGUCUGGGAUCGCGGCGAUUCAGCCCAUAUCGCGCAUGCAGCAGACGGCCUCACAACGUCUGACCUCCGCCAGGUUCCGCUCCACACGGAGGAAUCCAGGUGUACGAAAAAGGUACACAAGGGGCUAAUUUUAUAUCUGUUAAAAAUGCUUACCGAGUGUUUGCAGGAUACCAGGCAUUGUGCGACAGUGUGGACAAAGUGUGAUAACCCCAGCUGUCCUUACUCUUGUGGGGCUUACAGUCCCGUAGGAACUGAACCCAGUGACCAGGGAAAUCCAGUGACCUCUGAGCCAUAAGGGGCACUUGAACACAAGGAACCUUCACCCUUGAGGGCCUUUCUCAUUUUUCUACGCACAUUUGUUUUCAUGGACAAGCAGGUUGGUUGCAGUGAGAAGUCUGACUUGGUACUCCCGUGUUGGGAUGAUGAAUAAUAGCAUCUCCUUUCUGAAGUUGUGCAGAUUAAAUGAGGUAUAUUCUCAAUACAUAUUAGCAAUCACUACCAGGUGACAAGCCUGAUCCAAGGCUUGGCAAUUCCAGGAUCCAGUUGGUGGCCCCUUAGCUGCAAAUAAGCCCCUAAAUUUGGCUCCUGCAAAUUUAACAAGAGUGAAGAACUCUAUAAUCUUGAUGGAUGGAAUUGACUCAACCAGAAACCCCCAAUUCUCAGCCAGUCCAGUUCUCUCUCUGCAUCAGAUACUCUCCUUUCAUUACAUUCACAACAACCCUGAGGGUGAGUCAUAUUAUUAUUGCUUUACAGAGGAGGAAACUGAGGCACAGGUAGGUUAAGUAACUUGGUCAAGUUCUUAGAAGCUAGUAGGAGGCAUAGUCCAGAUUGCAAUCUUAGUCCCUCUGAUUCCAAAGCUUGUGUUAUAACCUGCUAUGUCCCUGGGGCAUCAGAUAACUGGCAGGGUGGGGUUGUGGGAACAUCUGAGAGGGCCAGGCUCUGAGAGGCUUUUCCAGGAGGCAGCACUUGCUAUAACAGUGGGGCCAGGCCUGGCUUCCUCCUUCUUAGUGAAAGGUGGAUGAAGAGGGAUGUCUUCCUCCCUCACCAUCAAGCUGAGUUUUCUCCCUCUAGAGUUUUUACCCUGAGCACCCAUUCUUUGCUACUUGCUCCCUCCCAUGUGUUAUGAGCUGUCCCUCCAUUAGACCCUAAAUUCCCCAGGAGUAAGACACAAGGGCAUUAUCUGCUUUGUCACUCCCCCUGCAGAAUUCUGCCCAGGACCUGGAAUAUAAUAUAUGCUUCAUAAAUAUUGCUGUUGUGAACUGAACGUUUAUGUCCUCCCAAAAUUCAUAGGCUGAAGCCCUAACCCUUGAUGUAACUGUAUUUGCAUGUGGAGCCUUUAGGAAGUAAUUAGGUUUAAGUGAGGUCAUGAGGGUAGAGUCCCCAUGAUGGCCUCUCUCUCUCUGUCUCUCUUUUUCUCUCCCUCUCCCCCUCUCGCUGCCAUGUGAGUACUCAGCAAGAAAGCAGCCAUCUGCAAGGAAGAGAGCCCUCACCAGGAACUGAAUCAGCCACCACUUUGAUCUUGGACUUCCCUGGCUCCAGAACUGUGAGAAGUAAAUCAGGGGUGCGUGUCCGUGCUGGCAUGCUCCCUCUCCAGCAGAUGAGGAAACCAAGGCUGAGAGAUGCGUCAAGGUCACAAAGCUGGAAGUGCUGGGAUUCUCCUGCUCUUGGCCCCGGGAUGCCCACUGAGGUGUUUCCAUUCAUUUGUAGCAGAGCCUUGCUUAGUGCUGCCCCACAGUAAAUGUUGCUGCUUCUUCAAACAAAGGCCGUGCAGACCUCAAGGCUCUGUCAAGAUCUGCAGCACAGACCUGCUGCUCCAUGGACCACGCUGAGUGGGUGCCACGACCUGAAGCCGGAGGGGCAGACAUGUGGAGGGGACAUGGGCCAAGGAUGGGAGGACCUUUGGCCACCAAAGCGGAGCCUCGGGCUCCUGCCAGGGAAACCCUCUCUACUGCUGCGGCUGCUGCUCAGCCUUCCCCAGCCCUGCCUCUCUCCCGCUUCUCACAUUUCAGCUUCUGAGUUACUGGCACCACCUCGUGCUGCUGCUGCUGUUGCUGCUGCUGCUGCUGAGGCCACUGCACCAGACAGACGUUAACCCCCUAUGUGCUGGCAGUGGUGCACGGCCUGAAAUGGGCAUCAGUGGCUCAAGAUCUGGAGGGGCGAAGGGAGGAAAAAGCCAUCCUGAAACCAGUCCCUUUGCUUUAGCCUGGCUCCCCUCCAGGGCGUUAUCUUGCCUCCUUCCUCCCUGUCUGCCCAAACUUGAAGCCAAAGCCUCCCUGACCCCGAGGAAUUAUUCCUUCCUUUGGCUGCCUGUGUGCUGACAGUCAACCACAGAAUGUAGGCUCUAUCACCAUAUGCUUGACCUUGUCUUUUCACGCAGACUGCAUUCUCUCCCUUCAUAUCCCUCACUGCACUCAGCUGGGCUCCCCUCUUGCUCCUGGCCUUACCAGGUCAGGACCAGGCCACCAUUCCAAGGUGAGCUUUCAAUCCUGAGGCCACAGGUGGUAGUGAGGACCCUGCAGGGUACCGGGCACUGGUACUGCCCAGCCGGAACGAUCUUGGGCAAGUCCCUGGGGUAUGAUAACAGACUGGGAGUGCAAUAGUGAGGACAAAACAGGGAAUUCAAGUAAAGCCUCCAGAGCAGCAAUUGGCACUCAGCGGGCACUCAAUCACUUGUGCCCAUAUACACAUGUGCCCCCCCCCACACACACAUACACACAUGCUGGGGCUCUGAGCACCCCCUCUCCUAGGAGAACUACUCCUGUUUCCUGCCUGCCUUUCCCCUUGUAGCCACCCAAGCCUCCUUUCUCAUCAGACCAGGCUUCUGUUCCCUCCCUGGCCUGGCUAGUCCCAGCCCCAUCCUUUUCCAUCCUCAAGUGGGAUUGCACAUGCUGCCUUUUCUCCCUCACCCCUGUCCACUCCUCUGAGGAGAGCCACUGCCCAGAGAGACAAUGGACACUCUCCGAGCUCAACAGCACGCCAGUUGUCCUCUUCUCCUGUCCCUCUGCCUCUGGCCCUUCUCCUGAACUCGAAAUGUUCCCUCCCGGUUUCUUGUGGCACCCGUGCUGGCCGUUCACCCUCCCCACCACAAUCGCUUGGUCUCUAGGCUGACUUAACGCUCCUUUUAUAUUGACCAGAGGCCCCGAGCUCUGUGCUCUCCUCUGGUGGGAAGGGCCCAGGCUGGGUGUCAGGUCCCCUCUUUAUGGCUAUGCCAUGCCUGGUCUACCGGUGGGAUUGUCGUAGCAGCCCUGUGUGCUUAUAGAGAUCAGCUGAGGAAGUGGUCAGACAGCCAUUUCUGUCUAAAAUUGAAACAGAUCAGCCAGGGUGGCCAUAGGUUGAAUUUUUCUGAAGGGAAUGGAGCUAACUGAAGCAAAGCGUACCUGGUUCCUCCUUGUUGACACGGUGAAAAGCAGAGAAGUGUCCCUGGGGAAAGUCCCUCACAGAGGGAGGUGAAAUUUUCCCAUGGAGUGUGAAAGGAGGCGCUGAGUGCUGACUAUGGAGGGGAGAGAAGAGGAGUGAAGGCACAGCCCACCCUAGUGGGCUGCAGUAGCAGACCUGGAAACACAGGGAGUGGGACCAGAAACGGGGGUGGGGUGGGGGGUGGACAGAGGACAUACCACAGGUAAGUGUACUCCAGCCCCCUUUUCAAGGGCUUGCUUUAUGAGCAAAGUGAGUCACAUCGGGCUGGGCAAAGGAAGCGGGCAUCCGGAGGUCAGGGCCUUUUGGGGCUCCUAGAAAAGCCCCAUGCCCCAAGAUCUUCAGGGCCUUGGGGGUGCGUGAGGGAGGCUAGAGGUCAGCCCCUCCACCCCAAUCCCUACUUUGGGUUGCUCAAAUGUGUUCCCACGCUCCCUGCCCAUAAAGCAUCAUGCGUGCUGGUCGCCCCCUAGUGGUUGGGAACCCCCAGCCUUGUUGGCCCAGAGAUCUCCCUGCGUCUAGGAUAGGAAAAGGGAUCAGGGCACUGAAGGAUAUUGAGGCUUGCUCCAAACCCCAGUCUGGGCAUCUUACCCCCAUUCUGCUUUCCUGGGAGUAUUCAGGAGUUCCUCCCAGGCAGGGGCUUUUUGCUUCUCUGGGGCCUCCAUCCCUAAUCCAAGAGCUGGCGUUCACCCCCCUCUCCCAAGCAGGCUGAGGUUCCUCACACGUACCAGAUCCUCCUGGGGUCUGAAAGGCCACCUGUCCAAACCCCUGAUCCUGGCAUAUUUGUGUGGAGGAAAAAAGCUUCAAAUUAGGGUUGGGGCCCUAGAUUCCUGUGUAGGUUCCAUCUUCAGUUCUCUGUCUACUUUUGGGGAAGACCCUUAACUUUCUCUGCACCUCCUUCAUGUUCCUUCUGUCUGUGGUAGCAGUUUUCUCCUAAUGUCCACAGUGACUUCUGCUCUUGUUGAGCAUAGGCAGAACCUGUGCAUAUGGUCUCACUCCCAUGAUUAGGUUAUGUUGAACUUGAGAUAGUGACAUUAUCCAGGUGGGCCUGACCUAAUCACCUGACCCUUAAAAAGAGAGACUUUUCUGUUUCUGGAAGAGGAAAUUAGAGAGAUUUGAAGCAAGAGAGGGAUCCACGUGUGGGAUGUUCU